UCACUCUCCAUUUUAAUUUCAAACUUAACGGCGGCAGCAGCUUGGCUUCGCAGAAGAAAAAAAUUAUUAAUAAAUUUUUAAAUUUGUAUAACUUUACAUUCGACUAAAUAAUAUAUUUUCGUAUAUUAUCACAUACGCUGUGCAAUUAAAUUCAAGCAAAUGCCGUUAAGAAGCUAAAUUUUCGAUUAAAUAGCGCCCGCUUUUAGAUCAAAAACGACGCUUCGAAAAAAAAAGUGAAAAAAACUAAAUUCAUAUAUUUUAAAUUGUUCAAUUAAAGUUUUUAAAUUUUUCAAACAAGGAAAAUGGUGGGCACGACGAUGAAAAUGCUUAUGGAUGAGAAUGCAACGGAGAAUAUUCGUCCCGUUCAGGUGAAAACUAUGACAGUGCCUUCACAAAAUGAGGCAACCACAAAACGUGCAGCUUUAGGCGAUCUACAGAAUCGUGGACUUAAUCGUGGCUUGACAUCAAAGACCACCACCAACACGAAGGAUGCGGCACUAAAAGAAUUGAAAGAUGUAAAAUUGACAAAUGCUGUGCGCAAUGCUAAGCCCCGCGUGGACACCCACUGGAAGAAACAGCCCUUGACCAGCCUUGCUCCAAAUGCAACAAAUGCUGCUGCAGCCGCUCCAAUUGCUGGCCCCUUGUUGCGGGCCAAUUCCUUGCGUAAUGUUGGAGCUGCUACCAGAUCACAAAUUACCAUUGCCAGCUCGAAGGUCAAGGCGGAGUCUACCUCCUCCUCCUCGUCCCAAUCGGGUGGAUCUAAUGAGCAGUUGACUGGUGUUACCACCACUACGACGACCACCACUUUGCGUCGAGAGGAUAGCCAUUUGUCAUUGAAAUCCUUGAGCAAAUUGCGUGCAGCAUUGGGUAAACCUGCCAUGGGUGUGGCUGCUAUAAAGAAGGAGUCGGCUACAGCAGCAUUGGUUAAAAAGGAGGUGGUCGUUAAAAAAGAAGUGGUUAAGAAGGAGAGCACUUCUGCUGCUGCCUCAGCGUUGACACUUAACCGUCUGCCAAAGCCGCAGCUAUCCUCAGCUCAGGCCACAGGCAGCAGCAGCUGCAACUCCAUCUCAGCCGCUCUGUCCUUGUCCAGCAAGCGUUUGGCCAACAUUGAGGACAUUGAUGCUAAUGACAAAGAGAACUUGGUACUUGUCUCUGAAUACGUCAAUGAUAUCUAUGAUUAUCUUUAUCAGUUGGAGGAUGAGCAGCCAAUACAUCCAGACCAUUUGGAUGGCCAGUUGGAGGUAUCGCAGAGAAUGCGUUCAGUACUGAUUGAUUGGAUAAAUGAGGUGCAUUUGCAAUUCCACAUGGCUGCAGAGACUUUCCAGUUGGCUGUAGCCAUUAUUGACCGCUAUUUGCAAGUGGUUAAGAAUACCAAGCGCAGCUAUUUGCAAUUGGUGGGCGUGACUGCCCUCUUCAUAGCCACCAAAUACGAGGAGCUAUUCCCACCGACCAUUGCUGAUUUUGUGUACAUCACCGAUGAUACCUAUACUGCCAGGCAAAUACGCGUAAUGGAGCUGCAAAUCCUAAAGGCAAUCGAUUGCAAUCUAUCGCGUCCUUUGCCAAUACAUUUCCUAAGACGUUACUCAAAGGCCGCUGGGGCAGAAGAUGAACAUCAUGCCAUGUCGAAAUAUUUUGUGGAAUUAUCCAUGGUCGAUUAUGAAUUGGCUAGCUAUAAGCCCUCUGAGAUUGCCGCUGGAUCUUUGUUCUUGUCGCUCAACUUGUUGAAUGGUAAUUAUCAAUCCAGAGUGGGGCUAAAUGACAAACACUGGACCCCCACAUUGGUCCAUUAUUCACGCUAUACGGCCACAUAUUUGCGGCCAAUUGCUCGACUGAUUGCCAAAUUGGCACGUUCUGCUCCGCAGGCCAAGCUGCGUUCCAUUUAUCAGAAAUAUCAAGAGAACAAGUUUCAGAAAAUCGCCCAGAGACCCGAAUUGAGUGGUCCUCUGAUGGAUUCCAUAGUAGCUCAAAAGAAGUAGAUAGUCCCGCACUGUCAACGCAACAAUGUCUGUCAAUCCAUUUAAGUUUAGUUUAAUCAUUUUGUUUAUCUUAUGUUCUCGUUCGUUAUCGUGUUCUAAUUUUUCUGUCCUGUGUGUUCACUUUUCCUUUCUAACUUGCCAAAUCUUUGUAUUAAUUUUGUUUUAUUUUGUAUGCCUUGUCAGUGUAAAAGCAAGAAGACAAGGCACUACCUAAAUAUAGAUAUAUAUAUAUAUUUUGAAAAAAAAAAAAAUAAGUAGACUCCAGCCACUUUAGUUAAAAGUCGCCCAUCGGAGUCAUCUCUUCCCUUGCGCUGUAUCCUUUUUGAUUUUAUGGUACGAAUGGCGGACGACACGGAUCCCCUGAGAAACAACGAGCUUAUUUUGCUGGCUGAACAUAUCGGCGUUGUCUCUCGAAAUUGAAACAUAUAAUUCUACAAAAUGCAUAUAUAUAUACAUAUUAUAAUCCUUCCCCUCCUCCCACCUUCACCUAUUGAUAAUUUAUAAAUUCAACAAAUUUGGAUGUCUUAAACAAUUAAAUUAUACAUAUUUUGUGCAAAAAAAAAAUACAAAGACAAAAGAUAACGAUUUGUAAUCUAUAUAGAAAGUAAUUAAAUUAAUUAUAAAAUGA